AUGGAUGUUAUUCUUGGUGGAAUCAAUCACUGUGACAGUCAACAAAUAGAACACAAAUAUGGUGUACCUGUAAACACUGGUGUUUCACUCUCCAUGUGUGCUGUUUCUUAUCCAACGCCAACACAAUUCAGUUUACAUUUUAGUGGUAAACCUGUCCUUAAACAAAGAUACAAAAUCAGCUACACUUACACGAAUGAAAUUUCAGCCCGAGGUACCCUGGUUAUAAAAAUAUUUAACUUGACAGAAGUAGAAUUGGGUAUCUACCAAGUACAAAAUGACAAAGGGUUUCCUCCGCAAGCUCUGAGUUUCCAACUUACUGCUAAAGGUCCGCCACUAUGCCCAGAGAACCUGACAGCUUUAUAUGUAGGUGAAAACAUUGUCUCGUUGUCCUGGACACCUGGAUUUAACGGCGGAUUAGUUCAAAGUUUUCUGGUACAAGAUAUGACAGGAGGAAAACUUCUGACAAUCAUCAGCGAACAUGAGACACUUAAAGAAACUAUUGUCUACAACGUCACAGGCCUAUCAGCGAACACAAACUACUCGUUUUCUAUAGAUGUUGAGAACAGCGAGGGCAGAAGGACAUGUCCAAAUGUAACUGUUGCUACUCCAGUUAUAGUAAACUCACCAUUGAGCAAUUAUUAUUUUAUACAAACAGUAGCAAGCGCAGUCUGUGUUAUUCUGGUUAUUUUAGUAGCCAUUGUAAUUAUAACGUCAGUAUUUGUGAAGAAAAAUAGAAUGCGAAUUGGAAAAAGAGUAAGAAAUGCUGAUAACAAGGGUAUAAUUGAAGUUGAUAACAACGGAUCAAUUUAUUCACUGCAGAAUACGUUUGAAGCUAGUGAUGGAGGUGUGAGUCACAACGUUUACAACAAUCAGCCGACGGUGAAAUAUUUCAAAUCUUCACAACAAGACCAGGCGGAAAACGUCGCCAUAUAUUGUAACGCUGCCAGUGCAGGGACUAACAAUAAUAUGGAGACCGAGAAUGAGGGUGAGACAGCGGUCUAUGAUGAGGGGAGCACUGGUCAGGUUGCCAGACAGGAGCAAGUGGUUGGUCGCUACAGAAACCAAGACGGGUUGGUCUACGUCAGUGUGGAGAUCAACCCACAGACAACCUUUCCUGAGAUUAAGGGAGCUAAGUCAGAUGAUGUGCAGGAGGUGUCGUAUGCAGAUAUACAGUUUCACAAAAAUUGAUUACCGGAAAGAAAAAAAACAACAUUGGGUUAUGAUAAUUUAGGCGUAGAUCUC